CUUUACACUGUCCGCCCGUGAGUUGUUGCUGCCCUUAAAAAAAAUGUUAUCCGCUUUUUGGAGUCCCGUUUGCGGUUUCUAACUUCACCUCGGCAACAAACACCAGUGUGUUUUACUGGCGUUGAACACUCGAAAAGGUUGUGUAAGCCAUGAUCUGAGGUGUUAAAGUCUACGUGAUCCCGUGUGGACGACGCAGACGUGCCCUACCUACAUGCCACACUCACACACAUCAGCCAUGUCUCAGUCUGAGCCCCGUGCGACUGUGGGGGACUGGUUGUGUGUCCUCCGCCUGGAGCAGUAUUCGGAGGCAUUUCGGACUGCUGGGCUGGCAACAUUCCGACAAUGUCGCAACCUCACACCAGAUCAGCUGGAGCAGAUGGGCAUCACUCUGCCGGGUCACCGGAGGCGCAUCCUGGCCAGCCUGAGCAAAACAAAUGGUAACGGCAACACAGAAUCUCAUACAUACUCUCACUCCGUAGAGUCAGAGAGGGAUCAGAGACUGGAGGAGACUGGACACGCCAUGGUGUUACAGAGAGAGUGGCCAGUGCCUGUCCCAGAGGAAGAAAAACCCGUUGUUAAGGAAAGGGAGAAACGAGAUGGGGAAUCAUUGAGACCGGUGCCCAGGGAGAGAGAGAAACCCGUCCCCAGGGCGAGACAAGUGGCCAGGAUGAAAGAGGAAAGUGGAGAAGGGGGAGAGAGGAAGCCCGUUCCUGGACAAAGACGAACAGCAGCUCGAGAAGUAAAAGAGGAAGAGCCGUAUGGAGGCAUGGAUGGAGAGAGGGAGAAGCCUGUGCCCAAAGAAAGGACUAGGUUUCGCCCCAGUGCUGCCGUGGCCUGUGACCUAAGCCCAGCCGUCUCUCCAACCUCAGAUGCCUCUUUGCCCCCCGUCCCUCCGCGAAGCAUCCCCAACUGUCCGCCGCAGCGCUUCACCGCCCCCCCCUGCCCCUCACCCCCUAGCCGAACGCCCGCCGCCCUCAAACCGGACACGCAUGCGGUUGAAGCAAAGGAUGGACCGGGCAGAUCCCAGAGUUCCGCCCCCACCGCUACGCUCACCCCCACUCCUACGCUCACCCCCACACAUGCACCCCUCCACCUUGCCGACGUCCUCCCGACUCAAACUCGGCCUCAGACAUUGGCUAUUCAGCCACCUGCCCAUGACUUGGGGGGUAAUGGUAACAGAUUAUCUUCAUCCGUCUCCCCCAGUGCUUCCCACAACAAUGAUAUAAAUGCUCCACCUCUCCCACCCAAAGCAGGGGCGGUACCUAAAGGCCCUCCACCAAUCCCACACCGCUCUCCUCCCACAAAGAGGGUCAGGGAUGAGAUGCAGAAAGACCCAAGUCCACUGGUCCCUCCUCGCAUCCGGAAACCCCAAACUCUAGAAGACCCACCUUGGCAAGCUGACCUUCAACCAGACCUUCAGUCAGAUUUCCAGCCAGACCUUCAGCCGGACCUUCAGCCGGCCCUGCUUGCGAGGAGAGUCAUUCAACCUCCCACAGAGUCCAGGUUGGAUUCACUCAUUGAUUGUUCUGAUGACUACGAGGAUUCAGACUUGUUUUACCCAGGGACUCAUCGAAUAAGCCCCCAGGACAGGGAAAUGUCCCUGCAAGUGCCUGUCAGGGCAAAAGUACACCGCAGUUCUUUGUACAGUGACGACGAGCAUUUGGAUGAUGAUGAUCCCAGUCUGUGGGAGGCCGGCAGCGUGGGCAGUCUGCAGGGAAGUGUCUACCUGCCAAACACGGGCCGACUAUCAGCGGCCACUAAAGACGACAGCUCCCAGCUUGCUGCUGUCAUUAAGAUGGGCUGGCUGGACAAGAAUCCCCCUCAGGGGGCCCUUUAUUAUCAGCGACGAUGGGUGAAGCUGGAUGUCGACUACCUGAGAUACUUUGACAAUGACAAGGAGGUGUAUUCUAAGGGGAUCAUCUCUACUGCCUUUGUCACUCAUGUGACCAGUGUGGGGGAGCUGAAGUUUGAGGUUGUCACAAACAACCGAACAUUCAUCUUCAGGGCUGAAAGUGAAGUCGAGAGAAACGACUGGGUGGAUGCAUUGCAGGACUGCACCAGGGGGCGCCAUCUGCGCAGCACCAUGAACCCCUGCUCACCUUUGUCUGCAGAGUUUCAAGGAUAUCUGGAACUGAGAGGGUUACGCUCCAAACUUUAUACUGUUGUGGCCUCAGAAAAAGUCUUCCUUUACAAAAACAUUGAGGACUAUCGUUUAGGAGUGGGCAUCACAUCCAUUGAGAUGAAUGUUGGCAAUGUUAAAGACACAGAUCGUCGUGGCUUUGAUCUCACCACACCGUACCGCAUAUUCAGUUUCAUCGCCGAAUCGGAGCAGCUGCGAGAGCAGUGGGUGGAGGCCAUGAGGAACGCCAUAGGUGAGGCGCUGUCAAAUAGCGAGGUGGCCGAGAGGAUCUGGGCGGAGCCUAGCAACAGUCUUUGUGCCGACUGUGAGGCUCCCCAACCGGAAUGGGCUGCCAUCAACUUGUGCGUGGUGGUCUGCAAGCGGUGCGCAGGAGAGCACAGAGGACUGGGUCCUAGCAUUUCAAAGGUUCGUAGUCUGAAGAUGGACAGGAAAAUCUGGACAGAGGAGCUUAUACAGGUGUUUCUGUUGCUGGGCAACGAGCGGGUCAACAGCUUUUGGGCAGCCAACGUCCCGCCAAGUGAAGCUUUGUCGCCCACAAGCUGCAGCGAAGAGAGACGGCGCUUCAUCACCAACAAAUACCGCCAGGGCAAAUACAGGAAGUACCACCCUCUGUACGGAAACCAGAGGGAGCUCAACAAUGCUCUCUGUAUAAACGUCCAGUGCAGCGAUGUGCUGGAAACGCUGAGCCUGAUUUUCUGCGGUGCAGAUGUGAAUUGUUCAACUGAUAUGGCCAGUUGGCCCACUGCUCUCUCCCUGGCCAACGCACACUCGCAACCCUUACAGGCCGAGUUAAUAAGCCACAAUCUCAACACAGAGUUACCUCGGUCAGAGGUGGAUGAAGGCAUGGCGGCGAUACAUUAUUCAACUCCGCCUUGUGUUUCUCACAAUGGCUUCCUGUUCAAGACGGCAUCCAUGGCUCGGGCUAUUACAGAGCGCAAGAGCAAAGAUGAGUUCAGUCGUCGCUGGUGCACUGUGAAUGAUGGCACCUUCAGCUACUACGAGAGUGACAAGAACUCCAACCCUAACGGCGCUUUGAAGGCUUCAGACAUAGUCUGCUUGGCUGUUGACGUGCCUCAGAGACACGGGUUCGAUAACACCUUUGAACUUUACUCUGAGUCAGAGCGUCUCUAUCUGUUCGGCACCGAUGACCCAGACAGCCACAAGGAAUGGGUCAAGUCUAUUGCCAAGACCUUUAUCCCGGCCGGUGUAGAGCCGCUACUGAAGUUGGCUUUUGAGCGGAUCGGGCGGCUGAAAUGUAAAGACGGUUUGAACCUACAAACGUCCAAAGUCGGCUGGUUUGCUCUGGUGGGCUCCACACUUCACGCCUACCUGGAGGACAGCCAGGGAGAGGAGAUCCACCUGCGCAAACUGAACGAACUCUCAAUUCAACAAGACAAUGAGGUGCUGGUUCUGGUGGAGAAAGGCAGAACUCUGUACAUAGAGGGAGAGAGGAAGUUGGAUUUUUCCGGGUGGUGUGCUGCCAUCCAGGCGGCAGCGGGGAGUGGAGGAGACACACUGAGCCAGCAGCAGCUGACGGAGACGGACAUACCUGUCAUAGUACACAGCUGCAUCGGCUACAUCACGCAGUGCGGGUUGACCUCUGAGGGGAUAUAUCGUAAGAGUGGCGUGAACUCCCGCGUGGCACAGCUGCUGGAGAGGUUUCGUUGUGAUGCUCGCAGUGUCCGCCUGAGAGAAGGAGAGCACCAGGUGGACGACGUCUCCAACACGCUCAAGCGCUUCUUCAGGGAGUUGGGGGAGGGACUGUUCACAUCAGAGGAUGCAGGCAGCUGGCUCAGUGCUGCUGGUAUUCAGGAUGGAAGCAAGAAAAUCUCCCAGUACCAGCAGCUGUUCAACAGACUGCCUUGUGUCAACAAGGCUACACUACAAGCCCUCAUCAACCACCUCUAUUGCGUGCAGCGGUUUUCUGAGCUGAACCAGAUGAACGUCCAUAAUCUGGCCAUAGUUUUUGGUCCCACACUGUUCCAGUGCGACGGGAAAGACUUCACUGCUGGCUGCGCCAUAGAGGACCUCAUACAGCACUACACAUUCAUCUUUCAGGUGGAUGAACAACAGCUAAAGAAGCAGCUGGACGAGAUCACGGCUAUCAUCGAAAUGCGAGAGAAACUCAAUACAAAGUUUCCCAGUACGGAGCCUGGAGGGCACUUCAUCUGUACAGUGUACUUGGAGGAAAAGAAGGACACAGCAGAGCAACAUGUCAAGAUCCCAGGUUCUAUGACAGCAGCGGAGCUGGCCUGUGAGGUCCUGGACCGGCGUAAGAUUCGCGUUAAAGACAAAGACUACUGGAACUGCUGGGAGGUCAGCGACAAGGAGGAAAUGGAACGUCCACUGCACUAUCAGGAGCGAGUCCUUCCCACCCUCCACUCCUUUGGCACAGACUCACACCUGCUCAUCAAGAAGCACCUGGCCAUGGAGGCGAUGUUGGUGUACCUGGCCAGUAAAGUCGAGCCAUCAAAGCACGGGAUGAUGAAGUUCAGAGAGGAGCGAAGCAUCUUGGGAUUGGGCCUCUCAAGUUUCCAUGACAGAUAUUUCAUCCUCAAUUCCAGCUCACUAAGAAUGUACAAGGAAAUCAGAAGUAACCGUACAGAACGUGACUGGCCAGUGAAAAACCUAAAGGUCUACUUGGGUAUCAAGAAGAAAGUCCGUCCUCCUACGUGUUGGGGACUGACUGUCGUGUAUGAGUGUAAGAAACAAGAUAAGCAAGAGAGGCAGCAGUGGUAUCUCUGCUGUGAGUCCCUGUCAGACAUGAGGGAGUGGUAUGCCACUUUUCUAAGUAUCCAGUACGACGGCAACGUGUGGCCUCAGGACGGACUCCAGCAGACACAAGCUGGCCGUGCGUUGCCAGAAACGCGGCACGGUAAUGUGUCACUGAUACCGCUGCGUGGCAGCGAGAAUGAGAUGCGGAACAGCGUGGCAGCUUUCAGCCAAGACUCGCUUGCUGUGAGUGAAACUACCAAUCACCAGGAACUAAUCUAAGUCGGACCAGGAAGCUCAAUGUAAAGCUACUGGCUCAUCAGAGACAUUAAUGCUGAACAGGUGGUCCAGACCCUCGACCCUGAUCCUCACCGGACAGGUGACCAAAUCUGUAAUGGCCAUAUAGUCAUGGCCAAUAGUUGUACAAUAUGUGCUAUCCGUUUGGAAGAAAAAUUGUACUUUGCACAUUCGGUUGUGCUUCAAGAUUUGUCGACUCUUCUUGUUAAUCACUUCCGCCAUAAGCAAGACAGGAGUUGGGGGUUACAUCUGUGCAGAAUCAGUGAUCUCUGUAGCAUGAUUCAUCUUUGAUUUAAUCGCUAUGACAGGAUCUGGGUUCUUAAACUGGCUGUUUUGACAUAAAAAUAGACCAAAGUGUUUUCAUUUGCCUGGAUUCCAAGACUGGGGAAUAAAUUACCAGGUUUUUUCUGCAUUUAAAUAUGUUUAAGAAUCCAGAUGAGGAGCACAUGACAGCAUCUUCCUAUUGUAUGUUAGAACUGAAAACAAAACAGGAAUUACAGCGAUAGUAAAUCUGAUUAGGCUCUGCUAGAGCUUCGCACACCCCGGAAACUAAGAAUAAAACAUUUAAAUGGAACUCAUGCCCGCAGGCAAAGUAUGGCCUCUUGCCAACUUUAUGUUUUCACAGCUGUGAUCCUGACAUAUCAGCAUCCAGUUGUACACCUGGCGAGAGUUAGACAAACGCCAUCACCGGCGCUUUGUCGGGCUGCGUUUAAACACACCGACAUUAAUCCAGACAAGUUCAACCACGUCAAUAUACGCCUCGCCAUCUGUUUGCUUAUUUUUCUAGAAAAACUGAGUGCAGCCACCCAGAUAUUCACUCCGCUCUCAGUCUCAGGACCAAAUGUCCACAAUACGAGGAUGCAGUUGUCUCCUGGUGUUUCUGUGGCCAUCACAUGCUUCUCAUUAGUCUGCUGCAGACUGCGGCAGCGACAUAAGAAUUCAACACCGUCUGCUGUUACUUCCGUCGGCGAAAAAGCAAUUCCAGGGUGGCUUUUGCCUCCGCGAUAUUUUUCUACUGAUCCUUGUCUUUUCAGUCGACUGCAUAAAAACAAUGUUCAGAGCUUGAGAGGCGGUGUGAUUGCUUUGGUGAUGGGGCAGCAGUAGAAGCUGGAUUUAUGCAAGGUGUUUGUUGGUGGAGGAGAGAUUUACUGCAUAUUGAUACGCCCAAUUUUCAACGUGAAGUGAAGAGUGUGUGCGUGCAUGCGUUUGUGCGUGCGUGCAUGCGUGUGUGUGUGUGGGGUGACAGUUGGUUCUGUUUUAUGACUGCCGAGGUGAAUCUAGUGGUGUUUAUUGUGCCUUUUUGAAUGUUUAUCACACAUUCACCACAUCUCUCUCUGCCCUGAUCAGCCUUCUUUACACUUCACUUUUAGAGAUACCAUCAACACCUGCUUGCCUCUUAAGCUCUUCGCCUCCAGUCUUCAGUCUAUCAUUCUGUCUAUUUCUACACCUCUCAAUUUCCCUCCCUGUCAUGACCUCUGUGCUGUCUG